GGCCAUAAACACAAUAUGUCAUCCUAUGCAGGUUUCAAAAGAUGGUCGAAAUUGAGCAAGCUAGAGCACCUUGACCUGAGCUAUAACUCAUUCGAUGAAAGUAUCCUACCAUAUUUGGGCGCACUCUCCUCCCUCAAGAGCCUUGAUCUAAGUAAGAAUAAUUUGGAAGGAUGCUUCCCCUCAAAAGAAUUGGCCAACUUGAGCAAACUAGAGGUUUUGGAUUUGGGGGAUAAUCAACUCAAUGGUUCCCUAUUUCUGCAAGAUUUGUGCAAUCUGGAGAAUCUCCAAGAACUGGAUCUUCGAAGAAAUGAAUUGGAAGGGAGCCUUCCUCCAUGUCUCAGCAACUUGUCAUCCCUCCAACAACUUGAUCUCUCCGAGAAUAGACUCAGUGGGCAAAUCUCCUCAUCUCUCAUCUCUAGCCUCACAAUGAUCCGGUUCCUUUCUCUCUCUUACAACCGCUUUGAGGGGUGUCUAUCAUUUAGCUCAUUUGCUAAUCUUUCCAAGCUCGAGGUUGUGGAACUUUCGGUACUGAACGGUACACAUCUUGAUGGCGAUGUUAUAACUUAUCCCAAUCAGUUAGAGGUUGAAACUGAAUCCACACCUUGGGUUCCAAAAUUCCAGUUGGAAGUCCUCCACCUAUCAAACUGCAACAUCAACAAGCUCACUGGUACCAUUCCCAGCUUCCUUUCCACCCAAUAUGACUUGAUAUCAUUGGACCUUUCCCACAACAACAUGAAGGGAAACUUCCCAUCUUGGUUGUUAGAGAAUAAUAAAAGACUUAAAAUGCUAGACCUUGGAAGCAACUCCUUAGCUGGCUCAUUCCAUCUGUCACCUCAUUCUAACAACCUGACCGCAUUAUUUCUGGACGUCUCCAGCAACCACAUCUCCGGACAACUUCCUGAAAAUAUCGGUCUCUGCCUUCCAAAUUUAAGAUACUUAAACAUGUCUAUAAAUGCUCUUCAUGGUAGCAUUCCUCUGUCGAUGGGUAACAUGAGUGAAUUGUUUUCUUUAGAUUUGUCGAGAAACAAUUUUUCAGGAGAAAUACCAGAGCAGUUGGCCAUGGGUUGCAUCUCAUUGGAAACUUUGAAGCUAUCAAACAAUAGAUUACAAGGCCCAGUGCUACCAACUCAUUCGAACUUGACUCAGUUACAGUAUCUGUAUUUGGAUGGCAAUGGAUUCACCGGGAGGAUCUCAGCUGGUCUAUUCAAAAGCACGCAUCUAUGGAUUUUGGAUGUUGGUAAAAACAACAUAUCAGGUCGUCUUCCAGCACAGAUUGGGAACUUUUCUAAGUUGAAGUGGCUUUCCAUGCCCGGAAACUAUUUGGAAGGUCCUAUUCCAACUGAGUAUUGCAAACUCUCUCUUCUUUCCUUUUUGGACCUUUCCCAAAAUGGAAUUUUUGGUCCCAUACCUUCAUGCUUCGAUCUAUCUCUGAAAUUCUUACAUUUGCAAGGAAAUGAGCUUACAGGAUUGCUGCCAACUGCUUUAUCCAAAAUUUCCUCCCUUGUUACAUUGGAUGUCAGCGACAACUACUUCUCUGGUAAUAUUCCAAAUUGGAUUGGUACACUUCAAAAUUUAAGGUUUCUUCUCCUCGGAGGAAAUAAUUUGCAAGGUCACAUUCCCAUGCAGUUGUGUCAACUGAAGAACGUCAGCAUAUUAGAUAUUUCACACAAUAAUCUCUCUGGUCCAAUACCACCUUGCUUUGGUAAUAUGACAUUCGGGAGGGCAAGAAUAACUGACUUCUCUACUUUUGUUUUCUAUCCAUGGUCUGCCACUGCCGGUCUAGACAUUGAGCUGCCUGGAUACCGUAUUGAAGUUAGCGUGCCUUUUAUACGUGGACGUAUGACAAAAUCUGAGGAAGAAGUGGAGUUCAUAACAAAGAAGAGGUCUGAAACUUACAAGGGCGAUGUUCUUUACUUGAUGUCCGGUGUAGAUCUGUCAUGGAACCAGUUAACAGGUGAAAUCCCACCUGAAAUUGGAUAUCUAACCGCUACUCAUGCAUUGAACUUGUCCCACAAUCAAUUGAGUGGACCAAUUCCAGAAACCUUCUCAAAUCUAAAACAGAUUGAGAGCUUGGACCUUUCUCACAAUAGAUUGAGUGGGGAGAUUCCUCCUCAACUAACUGAGCUCUACACCUUAUCUACAUUCACAGUGGCAUACAAUAACUUAUCCGGUGUCUUACCGGACAUGAUGAAGGGGCAGUUUAGCACCUUUGGAGAAACCAGCUACGAAGGCAAUCCCCUACUCUGUGGACCACCACUGAAGAGUUGCUUCUCCACUUCUCCGCUACCACCUUCAAUGCCAACAAUGGCAGGUGACAAGGAUGAUGGAAAUGACAUAAUCUUCUAUGCAUGCUUUUCGGUGUCAUGUACUAUGUCGUUCUUGCUUUUCAUAGCACUUCUCUACAUCAACUGCUAUUGGAGAGGUCUAUACUUCUAUUUUGUUGAUGCAUGUAUUGAUUCGUGCUAUUAUUUUGCUUUAGAUAGCUACUAUUUUGCUUUAGACAACCUUCGGAAGGUUUUCACCCGGCCACGUGCAUAACCUUCAAGUCAGAUCAGUUUCUCCCUGUAACUCUUAUUGUAAGACAAUAAUAAUCAUGUUUAUGCAUGGCGUGACUUUUAUUUCAA